GGUUGCUCUAUUCCUCCAUCACAUACGCAAUCCGUCACCCAUACGGACUCACACACGAUGCCUCCUCGAUACCCCGACAGUCUCUCCCCCAACAUCACGCCCACCAAGCUCUCCAAGGUCCAAAAAUCGCGCGCACGGCGCGAGCCCUCGGGCGUGUUCUCGCUGUUCCAGGCCCCGCAGAUCCAGCAGUUCAAGGAGGCGUUUCAGCUCAUUGACCAUGAUAAGGAUGGGUGGGUGAGCGAGUCGGACUUGAAGGAGAUCUUCAGUAGUUUGGGCAUCCAACCCUCCCGCGUCAUGAUGGAAGAGCUCCUCUCCUCCCGCCCCGGCUCCCAAGGCCACUCCCCCAACCCCUCCGAGGACAAGCCGGGCAUCAACUUCACCAUGUUCCUCACCAUGAUGUCCGAGCGCCUCGUCGAGUUCGACACCGAGCCCGAGCUCAUCGAGGCCUUCGAGAGCUUCGACGAGAACGACACGGGGCUCAUCAAGGUCGAGGAGAUGCGCAAGUGGCUCAGCGAGGUCGGCGAGCGGAUGGAUCAGAGGGAGAUCGACCGCUUCCUCAAGGGCCCCUUCACGGAUCGACAGGGCAACUUCAACUAUCGCGAAUGGGUCAAGGUCCUUCGAGUCAACGAGGAUCCCGAGGAAACCCCUUCAUGAUACUCUGCCUUACCGCUCUGCGAGCACCCUCACGACGUUGUACGACAUAUCACGCUCUCAUCAUGGACGUUUACCAGUGAACACACGCUGUACAAGUUAAUGUAUACUGCAUUCAGGCUCUUGCAGCCUGCCGAACGCUGCCA